AUGCGAUUCUGUGGAAUUUCUGCCAUUGCGCUGGCUUUGACCAGCGUUGCUUCGUCUGCCGCGGUAAUACCUAGAGAUGAUUUGCUUACAGAUCUUCAAAAUCAGGCCAUGGAGGCACUGAAGCAGGCCGAGGCAAACAGUACACUUGCGAAGAGGAGCUGCUCUCUCUCCAACGCACAUGUCCGUCGGGAUUGGAACUUAUUGAGUAAAAAGGAACGAAAGUCCUACAUCAAAGCUGUGAAAUGUAUGAUUUCGUCGCCAUCAAAAACACCUGCAGGACUUGUAUCCGGCGCAAAAACACGAUACGACGAUUUCGUCGCUCAGCAUAUCAAUCAGACAACGUCGAUCCACGGAACGGGCAAUUUCUUGAGCUGGCACAGGUACUUUGUGUACGGCUAUGAGAAGGCUCUGCGGGAUGAAUGUGGCUACACAGGUUACCAGCCGUACUGGAACUGGUUUAGUUACCAAAACGAUUUGAGCAAAUCUCCCCUUUUCGAUGGUUCCGAGACUAGUAUGGGCGGCGAUGGCGCUUUCCUCAAGCACAAUGGCAGUGUCAGCGGUGGUGGCUUGAUCCCCUUGCCAUCAGGAAAUGGAGGCGGAUGUAUAAAGAGUGGUCCUUUCAAGAAUCUGCAACUCAACCUCGGUCCUGUCCUCCCUGCUAUGGAAGGAUACGCUGCCGUAACGGACCCAUUUGAGUGGAACCCAAGAUGCGCUCGACGCGAUUUCAUUCCUACUACCGAUGACUACACCUUCACCAACCUAUUUAACAUGACACUCGGCGAAGCUGCUCAGAGCGUAUACACGUUUCAGAACGAGCUUCAGGGACGUUUUUCCGACGGAUUUCUAGGUACACAUACCGCUGGACACGUGAAAGUUGGUGGUGAUGCCGCCGAUUUCUUCAGCAGCACGAACGACCCUGUGUUCUUCCUGCACCACGCCAUGUUAGAUCGUGUGUGGUGGAUGUGGCAGGCGUUGCAUCUCAAUCAGGCAAAGACAGUAGCUGGUACCAUUACUAUCCUCAACAACCCACCAAGUAGGAACACUACGUUACAGGACGUCAUCAGCACGAAUUUCCUCAACAUGCCAGACAGGCCGAUCGGAGAUCUGCUGGGUUCGCUGGAUGGAGAGCCAUUCUGUUACAUCUACUUCCCGCUAAUUGGUCCGAUCACCACUAGCCAUCGUGAUACUACUAUCGACUCUAUGACAACCUCUCAAUCAAUCUCAUCAUCGUCUUCUCACAACAAUCAAGCGAAGCAGAUGCUGCAGCCUAUUCCCAUAAUCGGCGCUGGCAUCGCCGGUCUAACACUGAGCCGCAGCCUCCUUCAUCGCGGCAUCCCAACCAUUAUCUACGAAAAGUCAAGCUCAAGCCCACGCUUCAACUACGCCAUCACUCUUCAUUCGACUGUCUACCAGCCCCUUCUGGAAGCUCUGAAUCUUGAUGAUGUUUCGUUCAAGAAACGCGUCGCUGUCGAUGCCGAAGAUGGAGGGGCUGGAACAAUCGGAGAGCAAGUAGAUUUGCCCAGCCAUGGAGGUCUAUACGCAACAACAUCAUCAUUUCGCGCCAAUAGAGCGAAGCUCGAACACCUGCUUCGUGAAGGUCUCGACAUACGUUGGAAACACAGUCUUCAAGGUGUUCAGAGGACUCAAAAAGGACCUAGGAUACGUUUCAGUAAUGGCGAAUCGUGGUCUAGUGGGAAACUUGUUAUAGGCGCAGAUGGUGUGCAUUCCGACCUACGGAAACUCCUGCUCCCAGCUUCAUCACAUCUGAAUGUCCUUCCGUAUGUCGUUUUCAAUGGGAAAAGGAGAAUGGAGAGGGAGGAGUUUGACAAUAUGUUCCGCGACGUGGCGAGGCCAAGGGAAACGAAUGUUUGGGAACUAAAAGCUGGGGAUGUGAUGCUUAAUGUCAGUGUUAACAAGACGACGAGUGAAGAGGUAAGCCUUAGCUGGGUCUACUCGCGUCCUGUGCGUAGCGACGAGGACGCACUGCAUCGUCCUAAUAGGCCGAACGAGGACGCGCAAAAGACACCCGAUGAGCUCUUUCAAGAGAUUGGUGAGCUGAGAAGUCUGAAGUCUCCCUUCUCGGACAUAUUCGAUGCGAAGAAGAUGCGCGGGGACAGGAUACUGCAUUGGCUGAUGCGAACAACAUCUACACCACUGUCGGAUUUGCAGGAUCUGUUUGCGAGGAGUGGAGUAUGCUUAAUGGGCGAUGCAAUUCAUGCAGAGCCUAUCGUGGGAGGUAACGGAGCUAACGCCGCUAUCCUAGACGCAUUGGCGCUUGCAGAGGUCAUCUCGAGCGAAGAAAAGAGAGGUUUGGAACGUAUCAACAGCGACGUGAAGAAAGGCGUAUCGAAGUGGUAUGACGAACGUUAUCCGGACUGGGAGCAAGGGGCUGUAGAAAGUCAAAAAGCCAUCACAAGAAUGCAUGAGCUGUCGUUAGGGGCGGAUGCGCGGCUUUAA